UGAACCGUGAGACGGAUGAAGUUGAAUUUCUCGUAGCUGGCGAUGGCGGAUGUUGACGGGAAAGAAACCAUGAAGAACUAUCACAUUGCGUCCGAGAAAAUCAACCCCGAAGCCAGUCGCUAUCCUCACUGUAUCGUUUGGACGCCCAUACCCGUGUUGUCAUGGUUAUUUCCAAUUAUUGGACACAUGGGCAUAUGCACCUCCACUGGAAUUAUCCCAGACUUUGCUGGACCCUAUUUUGUUUCAGAGGACAACAUGGCUUUCGGGAAACCCACAAAGUACUGGAUGCUUGACGUUAGCAAAGUCUACGCAAGUGGCUCUCAUGCCUGGGAUAUUGCCGUGCAUGACGCUUCAGAGGAGUACAAGCACAGGAUGCACAACCUGUGCUGCGACAACUGCCACUCGCACGUCGCUAUGGCUCUAAAUCUGAUGCGGUAUGACAACAGCACCUCAUGGAACAUGGUCAAGCUUUGCCUCCUGGUGCUUGUCCACGGGAAACAUGUCAGGUGAGGGACAUCGCAACGCAUCCUGCGCGGGCUUCCUGAAAACUUGGCUGCCGUUCCUCAUACUGCUGGGCAUCAUCGUGACGGUGGUCCUCGCCGUCAACCUCCGGUGACCUGGGACGCUCCCUUAAGACGUCGGGAACAAUGCUGGUGCGAUGCCUUGGCUACAAGACUUUUUCAACCUGUAAGAGACAAUUGUUAAAGCGGGAAAGCCAGAACAUCCAACACGUCUGUCAAUUAGCAUGGCUCCACGAGGUAUUUAUAUCUAGCGCUUUCCUUUAGAGCAGAGGUGGGCAAACUUUUGGGCUCUUUUUUUUUGUGACAAAAAAGUGACAAAUGGGCCAGGCUGUAGCAUAAAGUAUAAUAUAUACAUUACAUUUAUUCAUCAUUGAAAAAAAGGAAGCCAAAAUGUAUGGCUUAGGGGCGUAACGAUUCAUUCACUACAUGGAUGCAUCGAUUUAUAUUUGUACGAUCCAACUACAUCGAUGUGUGUUUAGCAAGUUUCCAUUCUGGACGGCAUAUAUCGAUCUAACAUCGUUUGAAAAAGUUAAUCGAUUGAAUCGAUACUACGACAUAACGCAUUGGAUUUAAGUACGGCAUGUGUUAUAUGGAUGUGUACUUUUAAUGAUAAAGACGAAAAAGAAAUUCAGUCUGUGACGUCAUCGUCUUCCGGGUAUGUGGUGGUCAUGAGUGGUGUAGUGGACCUGUGAAAUACAGUCGAUUCGCCUUUUCCUCUUUUGGUCGGUUAAUUCUCUUCAUUUAGUAUUCAUAUUUAACUCCUCUGUCUUUAUUCGAAACUCCUUUUAAGUGACAUUUAUGGGGACUAUAUGCAAAGUAAGGACGUUUUGUACGUGUGGUAGUUUACGGUCGAGUAGCAGUGACGCUUAGUGACGUCAUCCUGCAGCGCGGCGUGUACAUGGAAGCAAUAAAGGGUGCUCACUUGGUUGUGCCGGGGAGGACGGAGAAGAGAGGAAAAGCUGGAAAGUCGUCAUUUUUGUUGAGCGUUUGUUUGUUUUGUCACACAUUUACACUCGCGUUUAUCAUGUAUUCUUCUUUUGCAUGAGCACGUUUCCUUGCACUGCUGCACGUCAUCACUUCACAUGCAAAGUAUCUGUUUGCUCUAAACCCACCACACCACGGUAUCCUGUUCAGUGUCUCCGUUAAGUGCGUCAUCAAGAUGGAGGACCCAUCCCGACCCUGUCAGCAGCAAAAGGAGGCCACAUUACUUGCACAUUACUGUUCUUUCAAAUGGCUGCUAUGAUCAGGAGGAUAAUCAACACACACAAAAAAAGCCCCUGCUGCCAUCGACCCGUACAGGUGAGAAAGUUUCAACCCAUAAUCGAAGAUACCGUACCACAUUCUUUUGCUGAGGAAUUUGCAUAAUGUCCCUCACCUGAGGGUGCAAAGUGCAGGUUUGGAUCGCGCUAUUUAAAGUAAAUAAUUCAUCAUGGCGAGCUAUACCACCCUCUGUUCAGCACGAUUUUGUAUUGCAUUUUUAAUACAUUUUUGUAGUGAUUGACAAUUUAUUCUUAAGUACGCAUUUUUAAUAAUUUAUACCCGAUUCCCUUAUAAAAAAACAACGGGAAUCUAGGAAACCUUCACUGUCCAGGAUCCAGGUAUUUAUUUCACAGUUUUUGCCUAAAAAGUUACUGAAUCGAUUUAAAGUUACUGAAUCGUUUCAGAUCGUAUCGUUCUAAAUGAACCAAAAUCGUUCUUGAAUCUCGUCAGCAACCGUGAAUUGUGAUACGAAUCGAAUCAUUAUUAAAAUGAAUCGUUACACCCCUAGUGUGCCAAGAAGAGACCAAAGUAGUUCACUUUAAUUUCUAAAUACCUGUUUUCUUUUUUGUGAUACAUCACAAAGUAAAUUUAAUGAAAUAAAUCUGCUGAAACUAAAAAAUAAGGCAUUAAUUGCAGGGGGGAAAGAACGGCAAUACGUUGCCCUCCCCUGACUUAACACACCACCACCACUGCCAGCACCACAGAAACACACAAUGGACGUAUGCCUUGGCUGAGCAUCUCUUGGGUAAAUGUAUCCACUCAUCAUUUAUUACUUCCUGUUUGCUCAUUUUUCUACUGGCUAAAUCAAAAGAACAUGCCUUUAUCCAUUUCAAUAUCUUUGUGCUUCUACAGGGCGACACCCGUUUUCUUGGUGCGCAUUUUCUUACCGUAUCACUCACACUGCUUUCACUUCAUCAUCGUGCCUGACACGUGGCCUCAGGGUGAAUGUCUUCUUGCCAUUUAACUGCAGAUCAGUGCCAUGAUUGUGUCACAUGGAAGCAUACGAGCCUGUGAAAACCGACACAAUUAUUUCAGAUAAAAACGAAUGUGCCAAAUGUGUGGGCGAGCUAUGAGUUGUACUUCCUAUAAUGGAAGGCCAGAGGCAUUUAAUUACUCAGCUGCAGAUGUCUUAUUGAAGGUAAGGCCUUUAUUUUGACAAAUGUCAACUUUACAGAUGCCACAUCUGCUGUUGCAGUAAUGAUGUCUAAUGGGCCCAUCAGUCAUAGUUUUGCUAUUGUCACCAUUUGAAGUGCGGCGUUUAUUUAUUGAAGGGGACAACCCACCUGGCGCCUUUUUGAACGAAGGCCACCGCUAUUUGAGGAAAUACUGUACAAGCUGAUGAUUGUAACAUUUUGUUCAGUGUUGUUUUGUUGUCUUUUUUUUUUUUUUUUUGCAAUGACAGCACUCACAAGCUAAAUUCCCCACAAAGCCCGCCUGCACUCCACAUCAGUUGCCAUGGCUGUCACACACACACACACACACACACACA